AGAAAGCUUUUCUCUAGUCUGGGCUCACGAAUUAGUCACACCAUACCUCUACUUGCUAACUGGCUUGCAAGGCUAAAACUUUGGAGGGUUAAGAGUGCAGCAUUUGGAGGAGUCCAGACACAAAAUCUGUGUACACGUCCAUGUGUCCGGCGGACUACUGUCGACUCUAAAAAUAGACUAAAAAUCAAGUGAUGGCUGCCGCAAUCACUGAAGAACCGAGCAAUGGAAGCACGAAGACGCCCGGAACAAGAGUUUACAAAAAAUGUUGUCCGAACAAUAAGAUUACCGUCUACGUCGGAAAACGAGAUUUCAUCGACCACAACGGCAUCGUCGACGCUCUAGAUGGUGUAGUACGAAUCGAUUCCGAUUGCAUCGAGGAUGGAAGUGACAAGAAAGUGUUUGUUCAAGUAUUGGCUGCUUUCAGACACGGCCGUGAAGAUUUGGAUGUGUUGGGUCUGUCGUUUAGAAAGGAUUUGUUUGAAGAGAACGUACAGAUUUAUCCGGUAUCUCGGAAUACGCCUCAAGUCCGUUUGUCAAAACUCCAAGAGAGACUGAUUAGGAAAUUAGGAGCGGAUGCGUACCCUUUCACUUUCAAGCUACCUGCUUGUAUCCCAUCAUCUGUCACUUUACAGCCAGAGGCAGGAUCUACAACCAAGCCAUGUGGAAUUGAUUUUGAAUUACGAGUAUUUGUAGCCAAUGAACCUACUGAUAAGGCAGAUAAGAGGAAUUUGGUUCGAUUAGUAAUCAAGAAAUUAACUCAUGCUUCUCAAUCACCAUCUGACGAACAGCCGACAGCAGAAGUGUCAAAACCAGCAUUAUUGGGAGGGUCUUCCUUACAAGUGGAGGCUACUCUAGAUAAACGUAUGUAUUGUCAUGGUGAAGAAAUCAAAGUUCAUGUGAGUAUUCAGAAUCGAACUGGGCGGCCAGUAAAGAAGAUCAAAGUUUCUGCAAGGCAAUUUGCCGAGAUUUGUCUUUUCUCUACUGCAAAGUACAAGUGUGUCGUUGAUGUUGUUGAAGCUGAAGAAAGAAUUUUGCAGGGCAAUACUUUUCAUCAAACUUACACGUUAUGUCCGACACUACAGAAGAAUCGAGAUAAACGAGGUCUUGCUCUAGAUGGCCAGCUCAAACAUGAAGACACAAACCUGGCUUCAUCGACUGUGGUUGAUGGUCAUGUUCCGACGUCGAGUGAAGAGCGGCAGUGCCUUGGAAUUGUUGUAGAGUAUAGAGUCAAAGUUCGAUGCGUUGUGGCUCUAGGAAGAGAUGUUACACUGGAACUUCCCUUUAUACUUAGCCAUCCCAAAUCCUUUGAUCCCUUAUCAUCAAUCCAGGAUCUGCCACAAUCGAAUCCUAGAGUAGCAAUGCAGAGUGCAGUAACUCAAUCUCUGUUCACCCUUGCUGCUCCCAUAUUGGGACCUCGGCCUGAGCAGAAUGGCAGAGAUGCUUAUAAUGGAGAUGGUGGGGCCAACGUUGGAUUUGCUGCUGAGAGUGCUGCAAAAGCUGUGGAAGCUCGAUUUGUCGAGGGAACUCUUAUCCUUGUAGAUGACACACUUCCAGCACCUGAAGAUGAUGACGACGAGUUGGUAUUUGAAGAGUUUGUGCGGAGUCGUGUCCACGGUGGCGAGUCAGAGGCAUAGGAAAUGAAUGCUCUGCUGGAAUGUGAGGUUUCUGUACGUUCUCUUGUGACAUAACAAUAAAUUAGUCGGGAAGACAAUGUAAUAUAGAAGUUAUAAACAGAAUUUACUGUUACUGUCGUUGGUGUCUUUUUUUUUGUGACAUUGCGCUUAGUUACAAUGAUAUCUGACACCGUGUAGCAUAAUAGCCAUCUGCACUGGUAUUGUGCCGUUCUGACAAAUGAAUAGACUUGAGCUGGGCUUCCCCAAACUGGAA